UGAUGACGUUUCAUUCUGAGUAACUUUAAGAUAAGGAAGCACGUUUUUUUUUUUUCUCAGCUGCACAGCCAACCGAGCCGGUAGAAGGACACAAGCCGGGAAGUUAGGGCUUACUUUCACAAUCCACCUGAUUUGGCGCUACAAAAUAAUCCAAAAGAAACUAUGAGUGGAGACAUUGAGAAGGGAAAGAAGACAUUUGUCCAAAAGUGUGCCCAGUGUCACACUGUAGAAAACGGUGGUAAGCAUAAAACCGGACCUAACCUAUGGGGCCUCUUUGGACGCCAAACAGGCCAGUCACCUGGCUAUACUUACACAGAUGCCAACAAAACCAAAGGCAUUACAUGGAAUGAGGAGACUCUGAUGAUUUAUCUGGAGAAUCCAAAGAAAUACAUUCCUGGGACAAAGAUGAUCUUCGCUGGCAUUAAAAAGAAGAACGAGCGUGCUGACCUUAUAGCAUAUCUUAAAUCAGCCACUUCGUAAACAGUACUUCCUCUGCACAGCUUUAUCCGUCUUUGUGUCUUAAAAUAAACAGCUCAGGGGACUGUUUCAUUCUAAACUAAGGCAAAGCAGGAAUCAAUUACAGUGUUGAUUAAGUUGUCAUACUUGAUGAAACUGCAUGAAAAAUGAUCAUUUCCUGUUUUAACAGGUAUAUUUUUCUAAUAUAGAAUAAUGAAAUAUAAAAUAAAUACUAUGCGUGGAAAUUUUAGGAACUGGGUUGGACCUCUUGCUGUUAUCCAUUGUUUUUUCUAAGCAAUUAUUUCUGUCUUUUUCUAAUUGUGAGUUGAAUAAAACUGACACUAAACCUAA